AUGAAGAUUCAAAGCGUGAUCUUUGUUUUAACGAUAUGUUGGCGAGUUACUGUGACUUCCGAGUCACCGCCAACACCGACGAGAGAAGCGAGAGAAGCGAGCGAAGUCUCUACGAACAACCAAUUCAUAUGUACGAGCGAAGGUUUCAAACCUGAUCCGAAGGAAUGUCGAAUUUUCUACCGAUGUGUUCUAACAUCCUACAAUACCCUUUCCCCCGUACGAUUCGAAUGUCCCGAAAAUACAGUCUUCGAUCCCGCCAUCAACAACUGUAAUUACCCUUAUGCAAGUAGUCGCGAAGAAUGCGGUGGAAAUGGAAUCGAUGGAAACUACGGACAAUUCACCACACAAAUCAAUCUCAGUGGAUCUCAAUACAUCACUAUCACUACCAGCACUCAAAAACCAUCGAGCACAACUGUUUCUAGUCAAAUUGGCUAUGAAUGUGAGAGGGAAGGUUUUCUGGCCGAUCCGCACGAUUGUCAAGUAUUUUAUCAAUGCGUGAAACAACUGGAUGGAACAUAUGUGAGAUACAAGUUCAGAUGCGGACCCGGAACGGUUUGGGACCCGGAGGGUGCCAUUUGCAAUCAUCACUGGGCAAUAAACCGCACAAACUGUAACAUUGCAAAUGAUGGUAAGCCUUUGGUACUAGAGGAACCAGUAGAUGACGAAGAACAUGUUAGCGAAAGUAGUACUAGUUCUAAUAGCGCAGGUGUUUCCUCUAAUCUACAGUCGAGUGGUAACAACAAUUGGAGUUCAUCCAGCAACAAUUCUUCAUCAUCUAGUUCUUCGUCGUCGUCAUCAUCGUCGUCCUCAUCGUCAUCAUCGUCAUCGUCAUCGUCGUCAUCAUCUUCCUCUAGUUCAUCCAAUAGUUCUAACAGUUCUAGUAGUUCAUCAAAUCAGAAUCAACAAAACCAACAAUCUGGAAGUUCCAACAAUCAACAAAAUCAAGAGUCCAGUGGUUCAUCAAAUCAAACUAAUAGUUCCAAUCAAAGUAGUUCUUCUAACAAUCAAAGUCAACAGUCAGGAAAUAAUAACAACCAACAAAAUCAACAAUCUGAAAGUUCCAAUCAAUCGAAUAAUUCCUCAAAUCAAACCCAACAGAAUCAGCAGUCAGGAAGCUCGAACAAUCAACAAAAUCAACAGUCCAAUGGUUCAAUUAAUUCCAGCAAUUCUUCAAAUAAUCAAAAUCAACAAAAUCAACAAGCUGGCGAUACCUCUUCAAAUCAAAACCAACAGAACCAACAGGUCGGUGGGUCCUCUAAUCAAAACCAACAAAAUCAAUUAGGUGGAUCCAACCAACAAAAUUCCACUGGUCCGAAAUGUCGAAUGGAAGGUUUUAUGGGCGAUGAUAGAAAUUGUACAAAAUUCUAUAGAUGUGUCAAUAAUGGGCAAGGAGGUUUCACAAGAUAUGAAUUUGGUUGCAGCGAUGGAAAUGUCUGGGAUCAAAGUAUUUUGUCGUGUAACCAUAAAUGGGCUGUCAGUGGAAAUUGUGGUGGUUCUAAUAUUGAUAAUGUACAAAAUCAACAAAAUCAGCAAGGAAAUAAUCAGUCAGGAUCCAAUCAAAAUCAGCAGAAUCAACAGGAAACCAAUCAAUCUGGAACUAAUCAACAAGGCUCUCAAAAUCAACAAAAUCAGCAAGGGAACAAUCAACAUGGUUUACAAAAUCAACAGAAUCAACAAAAUGGAAACCAAAGUACUCAAAAUCAACAAAACCAACAAGGAAAUAAUCAACAGGGUUCACAAAAUCAGCAGAAUCAACAAGAAACCAAUCAAUCGGGAACCAAUCAAAAUCAACAAAACCAACAAAGCAAUAACCAAUCAAGUUCCAAUCAAAGUCAACAGAACGAAGUUGAGCAAACUGGACAAAUUCAAGGAGGUAAAUGCAUAAAAGAAGGUUUCGUAAAAGAUGAGAAUGACUGUAAAAAGUUCUACAGGUGUGUAAGCAAUGAAAAUGGAGGUUUCAAUAAAUAUGAAUUUAACUGUGGUGAUAGAACAGUUUGGGAUGAAAACAUCAGUUCUUGCAAUUAUCCUAAUUCUGUUUAUGGAAAAUGCGGAACAGCUUCGACCCCACAAGGUUCAAAUAAUCAACAGAAUCAACAUGGAAAUAAUCAAUCAGUUUCCAAUCAAAAUCAACAGAACCAACAGACAUUUACUCAAGGUUCGAACCAAAAUCAACAAAAUCAACAAAAUCAACAAGAAAAUAAUCACUUGGAUUCCAAUCAAAAUCAACAGAAUCAACAGGAAUCCAGUCAACAAGGUUCAAACCAAAAUCAGCAAAAUCAACAAGAAAAUAAUCAGUCAGGUUCCAAUCAAAAUCAACAGAAUCAACAGGGAUCUAGUCAACAAGGUUCAAACCAAAAUCAGCAAAAUCUGCAAGGAAAUAAUCAGUCAGGAUCCAAUCAAAAUCAACAGAAUCAACAGGGAUCCAAUCAGCAAGGUUCAAAUCAAAAUCAACAAAAUCAACAAGGCAAUCAAUCAAAUCAAUCAGGUUCCAAUCAAAAUCAGCAAAACCAAGUGGCGCAAACUGGUCAAAUUCAAGGGGGUAAAUGCACAAAAGAAGGUUUCGUAAAAGAUGAGAGUGACUGUAAAAAGUUCUACAGAUGUGUAAGCGAUGAAAAAGGAGGUUUCAAUAAAUAUGAAUUUAAUUGUGGUGACGGAACGGUUUGGGAUGAAAGCAUUAGUUCUUGUAACUAUCCCAGUGCUAUUUAUGGAAAAUGUGGUACAGCCUCGACUCCACAAGUUUCAAAUAAUCAACAGAAUCAGCAAGGAAGUAAUCAAUCAGGUUUCAAUCAAAAUCAACAGAAUCAACAGGGAUCUAAUCAACAAGGUUCAAAUCAAAAUCAGCAAAAUCAGCAAGAAAAUAAUCAAUCAGGUUCCAAUCAAAAUCAACAAAAUCUACAGGAAUCCAGUCAACAAGGUUCAAACCAAAAUCAACAAAAUCAACAAGAAAAUAAUCAAUCAGGUUCCAAUCAAAAUCAACAGGGAUCUAGUCAACAAGAUGCAAACCAAAAUCAGCAAAAUCAGCAAGGAAAUAAUCAAUCAGGUUCCAAUCAAAAUCAACAGAAUCAACAGGGAUCCAAUCAUCAAGGUUCAAACCAAAAUCAGCAAAAUCAACAAGGAACUAAUCAGUCAGGAUCCAAUCAAAAUCAACAGAAUCAACAGGGAUCCAAUCAGCAAGGUUCAAAUCAAAAUCAACAAAAUCAACAAGGCAAUCAAUCAAAUCAAUCAGGUUCCAAUCAAAAUCAGCAAAACCAAGUGGCGCAAACUGGUCAAAUUCAAGGGGGUAAAUGCACAAAAGAAGGUUUCGUAAAAGAUGAGAAUGACUGUAAAAAGUUCUACAGAUGUGUAAGCGAUGGAAAAGGAGAUUUCAAUAAAUAUGAAUUUAAUUGUGGUGACGGAACGGUUUGGGAUGAAAGCAUUAGUUCUUGUAACUAUCCCAGUGCUAUUUAUGGAAAAUGUGGUACAGUCUCGACUCCACAAGUUUCAAAUAAUCAACAGAAUCAGCAAGGAAGUAAUCAAUCAGGUUCCAAUCAAAAUCAACAGAACCAACAAGGUUCAAGUCAAAAUCAGCAAAAUCAACAAGGAAAUAAUCAGUCAGGUUCCAAUCAAAAUCAACAGAAUCAACAGGGAUCCAAUCAACAAGGUUCCCACCAAAAUCAACAAAAUCAACAAGAAAAUAAUCAAUCUGGAUCUAAUCAAAAUCAACAGAAUCAACAGGGAUCUAGUCAACAAGUUUCAAACCAAAAUCAGCAAGGAAAUAGUCAGUCAGGUUCCAACCAAAAUCAACAGAAUCAACAAGGUUCAAACCAAAAUCAGCAAAAUCAACAAGGAAAUAAUCAGUCAGGAUCCAAUCAAAAUCAGCAGAAUCAACAGGGAUCCAACCAACAAGGUUCAAAUCAAAAUCAACACAAUCAGAAUGGUUCUACAAGUGGCGGACCAACUUGUAGGAAGGAUGGAUUUAUUGGGGAUGAGAAAAAUUGUACGAAAUUUUACAGAUGUACUCUAAAUGGAAGUGGAGGAUUCACAAGAUACGAUUACAGUUGUGGACCUGGUACAGUUUGGGAUCAGACGAUUUCAUCAUGCAAUCAUCCUUGGGCUGUUUCUGGAUCUUGUAACAAUCCACGUCCGGAGCAAGGAAUUAAUAGCAAUCAGAGUGAUUCAAACAAUGUAAAUCAACAAGGGAAUAAUAAUAAUCAAAGUGGUUCCAACAACAAUCAACAGGAAAAUAACAACAAUCAAAGUGGUUCUAAUAACGUAAAUCAACAAGGAAACAACAAUAAUCAACAAGGUGGUUCAAACAACAAUCAACAGGGAAAUAACAACAAUCAAAGUGGUUCUAAUAACGUAAAUCAACAAGAUAACAACAAUAAUCAACAAGGUGGUUCAAACAACAAUCAACAGGGAAAUAACAACAAUCAAAGUGGUUCUAAUAACGUAAAUCAACAAGGUAACAACAAUAAUCAACAAGGUGGUUCAAACAACAAUCAACAGGAAAAUAAUAACAAUCAAAAUAUUUCAGAAGGACCAUCUUGCUCAAAAGAAGGAUUUAUUGGAGACGAAAACGAUUGUGGGAAAUUUUAUAGGUGCGUACCAAACGGAAGUGGUGGACUAACUAGAUACGAUUACACUUGUGGACCAGGAACAGUUUGGGAUGACACAAUAUCUUCAUGUAACCAUCCUUGGGCAAUUUCGGGAAAUUGUAACAGACCGAUACCUCAAGGCAACAGUACAAAUGUAAAUCAAGGGGGAAACAAUAAUAAUAAUAAUCAGCAAGAAAAUAAUAACGACCAAACAGGUUCCAAUAAUCAACAUGGAAACAACAACAAUCAAAGUGUUUCCAAUAACGACAAUCAACAAGGAAAUAACAAUAUUCAACAAGGUUCAAAUCAAAAUCAGCACAAUCAGCAAGGAAAUAGUCAGUCAGGUUCCAAUCAAAAUCAACAGAAUCAACAGGUAUCUAGUCAACAAGGUUCAAAUCAAAAUCAGCAAAAUCAGCAAGGAAAUAAUCAGUCAGGUUCUAACCAAAAUCAACAGAAUCAACAGGGAUCCAGUCAACAAGGUUCAAACCAAAAUCAGCAAAAUCAACAAGGAAAUAAUCAGUCAGGAUCCAAUCAAAAUCAGCAGAAUCAACAGGGAUCCAACCAACAAGGUUCAAAUCAAAAUCAACAAAGCAAUACUCAAUUAGGAACAAAUCAAGAAAACAAUAACAGUAAUCAAAACAAUCAGAAUACUUCUACAAGUGGCGGACCAACUUGUAGGAAGGAUGGAUUUAUUGGGGAUGAGAAAAAUUGUACGAAAUUUUACAGAUGUACUUUAAAUGGAAGUGGAGGAUUCACAAGGUACGAUUACAGUUGUGGGCCUGGUACAGUUUGGGAUCAGACGAUUUCAUCAUGCAAUCAUCCUUGGGCUGUUUCUGGAUCUUGUAACAAUCCACGUCCGGAGCAAGGAAUUAAUAGCAAUCAGAGUGAAUCAAACAAUAUAAAUCAACAAGGGAAUAAUAAUAACAGCCAAAGUGGUUCCAACAACAAUCAACAGGGAAAUAACAACAAUCAAAGUGGUUCUAAUAACGUAAAUCAACAAGGAAACAACAAUAAUCAACAAGGUGGUGCAAACAACAAUCAACAGGGAAACAACAACAAUCAAAGUGGUUCCAAUAACGAAAAUCAACAAGGAAACAACAAUAUUCAACAAGGUGGUUCAAACAACAAUCAACAAGGAAACAACAAUAAUCAACAAGGUGGUGCAAACAACAAUCAACAGGGAAACAGCAACAAUCAAAGUGGUUCCAAUAACGAAAAUCAACAAGGAAACAACAAUCUUCAACAAGGUGGUUCAAACAACAAUCAACAAGGAAACAACAAUAAUCAACAAGGUGGCUCAAACAACAAUCAACAGGGAAACAACAAUAUUCAACAAGGUGGUUCAAACAACAAUCAACAAGGAAACAAAAAUAAUCAACAAGGUGGCUCAAACAACAAUCAACAGGGAAAUAAUAACCAAAGUGAAUCUAAUAAUGAAAAUCAACAAGGAAACAAUAAUAAACAACAAGGCAGUUCCAACAACAAUCAUCAAGCAAACUGUAAUCAAACUCAAUCGAUAACGGAAAAUCAAGGUUCGAUCGAAAAUGGUAACUGCGUAAAAGCAGGAUUCGUUGGCGAUGAAAACGACUGUACCAAAUUCUAUAGAUGCGUCCAAACAGACGGAAAUAAAUUCUUCAAGCACAAUUUCACCUGUGGGCCGGGAACUGUUUGGGAUCAGAGCACUAUUUCUUGUAAUCAUGCCUAUUUGACUCCCGGAAAAUGUGGAACUGGAGUAGUUGGAUUAACCACAACAGGGAAACCAACAAUUAUAUCAACCUCUGAACCGAGCCAGGUUAUUCAAAGUAGUACGACACCAGUUUCGAGUACGACUGGAGAAAGUUGUUUCAAAGAAGGUUACAUGGGUGAUCCGAUAGACUGCAAGAAAUUCUAUAGAUGUGUAAGUUCCGGAAAUGGAAAAUUCACUCGGUACGAGUUCAUCUGCGGCCCCGGAACCGUUUGGGACGUCAGUAAUGUAGCAUGCAAUUAUCCCAGUGCCGCUGACAGGGGACAGUGUCGUACUAUUACGGAUCCACCAAUCGCCAAUCUUACUACUGAUGAGACUGAAUCUACUACGUCUUCGACAGCUUCUACAGAUUCUAGUAUAUACUCCACGGAGUCUAGUACUUAUACAACGGAGUCUAGCACUUAUUCAACGGAGUCGAGCACUUAUUCAACGGAAUCUAGCACUUAUUCAACGGAAUCUAGUACUUAUUCAACGGAGUCUAGCACUUAUUCAACGGAGUCUAGCACUUAUUCAACGGAGUCUAGCACUUAUUCAACAGAAUCUCCAGUCUCUCCGACAGAAAGCACCACCACCUCCUAUUAUUCAACGGAAUCAUCGACAAACAUUGAUAGCACUACCACCCCAUUGAUCACAACCGAACCAACAGAACUAGGAACUAACACAUCGAUGGAACCGUGUCCAAUUGGCGAACUGGAAGGUGAUCAAAUCGCUCUAGUUUGUCCCACCGGGUUCAGAAGACACCCGAAAUACUGUAACUUGUUCUAUCAAUGCACCCAAGGCGAUAAACACGAGUACAAGAUUCUGGUGUUGAGUUGUCCGAAUGGUUUGAUUUACGACAACAACAAAAUACAGUGUCUGCCCCAAAAUCAAACUGAUCCAUGCACGGGACAAAUUGCAGAUCAAACUUUGUACAGAAAACUGGACGCUAAUUCGAUUUCCCCUGUUGCGGUAAACAAAUUGGAACCGUUGUGUCCGAAUGAGGGAUUUUAUGAACUGGAAUCGGCUACAUGUACCGCUACGUUCGUUAAAUGUAACAAAGAGGGAAGGAGUAACAGAUUGUCUGGAUAUUUGUACCAGUGUCCUCAGGGAUUUGCCUAUUGGAAUAUCAGCAGGAGAUGUGAACGAUCUUCGAGAUUGUUGCACUGCAAGGGUUCCGAGGUAUUGGGUACCAGAUGGGAAGUACCAAUCGAAACCAAUAACAUAUCAUUGCGCCGAAGGAAAAGUGCCAAUUUUCAACAAUUCAUAGAAUAAUUAAUGACGUUUUCAUAAAUAAGUUUAUAGAUUUGACUGACAAUGGAUAUUUUACCGUGAACUGAUUAAAUUCAGUUCACGAUGAAAUAAUAUUUAUUUCGAGGGCAAUUUCAAAAUUUUCCCAUUCUGACUUUGCCUGCGAAAACAAAUAUAUGGGGUGGUUUUGGGUUUAUUUAUUUAAUUUUAAUUCGUAGAUAUCUUUAAGUUUCGCCUGACAAUCUUACAUGAUUGUAACUGUGUAAUUUAUUUUUUAUAAAUAAACGUAAGUUAAGCAGACAAUGUAAUUAUUCUUUUGUAAUAAAUCACUGAUCAAAUACACCGGCAGUUGUUUUACUUAAU